AUGGAAAACUUAAACCAAACAUCAGUGGGAAGAUUCAUCCUUCUUGGACUCUCCAGUGUCCCCGGUUUGAAGGCAGUCUUCUUCUUGGUCUUUUUAUUGAUGUACAUGGUGACCUUAUCAGGAAAUCUUCUACUGAUCAUUGCAGUGAGGCUUAAUCCUCGACUUCAUACGCCCAUGUAUUUUUUCCUAUGUAACCUCUCUUUCAUUGACAUUUGCUUCUCGACAAACAUAACACCAAAGAUCCUAGCAAACACUCUAUCCAAAGACACGUCUAUAACACUGUUGGGGUGUGCCGUCCAACUCUAUUUCCAUUUGGCUCUUGGGGCUACCGAAUGUUUGAUACUGGCUGCAAUGGCCUAUGAUAGGUAUAAUGCCAUCUGCAAACCAUUACAAUAUGCCACCAUUAUAAACCCAAAUUUUUGUAUGUCAUUAGCUGUUGGUUGCUGGACUCAGUGUUUUUCACUUUCCAUAAUUCAUGUAGUUUUUGCUUUCCAGUUGCCAUUCUGCAAGUCCAACCAUGUCAACCAUUUUUUCUGUGAGAUGCCACCAAUUUUGCGGCUCUCCUGCAAGGAUCCUUGGGUCAAUCAGGUUGCUCUGUAUGUUUGUUGUGCAAUAUUCACUCUUUGUACAUUUGUGUUGAUAUUCUUGUCCUAUGUCCAUAUUUUCUCCACAAUACUUAAGAUCCACCAUAAAAAAGGGCACCACAAAGCUUUCUCCACCUGUGCCUCACACCUCACUGUGGUUACGCUCUACUACGGGACCAUCAUAUUCAUGUAUUUGCGUCCUCAAUCCAGUUACUCUCCAGAUCACGACAGGGUGGUUUCUGUUUUCUACACUGUGGUGUCGCCAAUGUUAAAUCCCAUCAUCUACUGUGUGAGAAAUAAAGAUAUUAAGGGGACUCUAAAAAACAAAAUACAAUUCAUAGUGUAUCUUUUAUAA